AUGAUUAUAUAUUGCCUCAUCGGUAUCGAGAUCUCACGACUGCGAGACGAACUCAAUUUGAGCGCGGACGACCACAUUGCCCUGACCUCCAAUUCCGCUGACAAGAACCCCUUUGAUGGUUCUAAUGGUACUGUCACUAUCGUCGAAUCAGAUCCCCGAAAUAAAUCACCACCAAUUUCAACUUCGCAAAUCACAAGCCAAUCCUCCGUGGAAUGCACCUCCACUCCGCUAGCUUCAUCUAGUCCUAUCAGCCUCUUGAAAUCCAAGUCUCCAAAACAGAGAAGCGUAUCAUUCAAGGAGUAUAUCCUCAUGCCUUCACUGUUCUUUCUUGCUCUGCUAGCAACCUGGGUCACGCCGACGAUUAACCGUGUUUCCACUUUUAUUCACCCAAACUACCAGUCAUAUUCACUCUUACUGGCUGUUAGUGCGCUGGGAUCGCUGCGUGGGUUUUGGAAUGGUAUCAUUUUCAUUACAGUGGGAGUAAAGGGCUGGAGGAGACGAUCGUUAAACGGGGGAGCAGCUGACAUGAAGGUAAGUGAGAUGAUACCACCUACUCACCUCGCUGAGUGGAUGCUUACGACCAUAGCCUAG